AUGCGCGCCAGCUUCCAACAGGCGCUUGACCUCGUCGCGGCCGCGUGGGUGCCCUUCGACGCGCCGGCCGCGAGCGACGCCGCCGCUGCCACCCGCCUUGCCAACCACCGACGUGUGCUCCUGCAUCUGGCCCUCUUUGUUGCCAACAACGGGGACGACAGCGCUGCCGCGGCACUCGCGCGUGGCCCACUGAUCAAGCGGCUUGCAACUGCACUCACGUCUCCUCGCGCCACCAAUGGCGAGGCCGAGGCCUGCGCACGCCUCUUCUGCACACUCGCGCACCAUCCCGAUGCUGUGAUGCACGCCUGCGGCGGCCCCCGCCUGGUGGCAGCUCUGCUGGCCGCGGCGUCCCGCGACCAGCCCGCGCCCGCAGCAAACAGCGGGUCAGAGCUGACAGGGCUGGCACUGGAGGCGCUGGCACGCUUGAGCUACCACGAGCGCGCGCGCCACGACUGCGAGGUUGCUGGCGAAAUCACCCUGUCUAAGAUGCCCGACGCCGCCGCAAAGCUCGUCCUCAUAAUUCAGAAGGCCAUGGCAGGUGCCAACGCGGCCGGCGAGCCGCGCAGCGCCGCCAACGUCCCCCACGAAGCCUCUGCCGCGGCCAGCCUGCUCGGCAUCGCGGGGUCUCAGAAGGACGGGCCUACGACGCUAGGCGCCGGCGCUGCUGGCGCGAGGUUCUGUGCCCGCGCACGCGCUGCAGGCGGCCUGCGGGCGUUGCUGGCGGCGCUGGAUGCGAGCGGGGACGCGAGGGAUCAGCGCAGCAUUAGCAGCUGCAGUCUCAUGCUUGCCAGCGCUGGACUUGUCCUUGGAACUAUCGGGCUGGACAACCACAGCUCCAGCAACGCCCCAGCGGAAGUCGAGCGGGCGCAGCUCAAGCAGCUGGCCUGGGAGCAGCUGGCGUACGGCCUGUCUCACCACGACCCGGCAACUUCCAGCAAGGCAGGCGACAUGAUGGAGGGCGUCCUGAUGUCCUCCCCUACGACGUUUGCCGGCUUCGAGAUGCACCCUGGAGGCCUUGAUGCCCUGGCCGCCGCUGUGGCGGCGCCGCACGCUCAAGGGGACGCGGUGAAGGCGGCCUCACACGUGCUGGCAUGUAUAGCCAGCUGGGUGGGGCUGGCCUCUGGCCGCAGCGAGCAACUGCACAGGCAGGUGUACAUGGGGAUGCCGCCGCGCGACUUGGCUGUGUGCGCCCUGCGCUUCAUCAAAGUCAACACUGGGAACGGCGACCUAGCACGCCUGGCGGAGCGGCCGCUCAAGACUGUUGCCGCAGCAGCGCGCGGGGCGCGUGUUGGCGGUGGCGAUGAUGUGCUCAUGGGUGAUUCAAAUGCCAGCGCCGGCGCCGCCAGCCCGGGCGGCGGCGGCGGUGCCAAGAAACGCGGGCGGGGUGGUGAUGGGCAUUAG